CCUUUGAGCCCGGGGCGUCUCGGGCGCUGGCACACUCGCCCCGGCCGCUGCGGGGACCAGCGGGGACUAGCGGGGCGGGCGGGAUGCUGCGGCUGCUGGCGUCCGGCUGCGCCCGGGGCCCGGGGGGCGGCGGGGGCGCGCUGGGGCUGGUUCUCGGGGGUCGCGUGCGUCCUGCGGCUGGGCUCUGCGAUCCCGGCAGCAGCCAGAGCCGCCAGGCCUCCGACGCCCCCCGGAACCAACCUCCCAGCUCCGAGUUCGUGGCCCGGUCGGUGGGCAUCUGCUCCAUGAUGCGGCUGCCCGUGCAGGCCUCCCCCGAGGGGCUGGAUGCCGCCUUCAUCGGGGUGCCGCUGGACAUUGGGACCUCCAACCGGCCCGGGGCGAGAUUUGGACCCCGACGGAUCCGCGAAGAAUCAGUGCUGCUUCGGACAGCCAACCCUAGCACAGGAGCCCUCCCCUUCCAGUCCCUCAUGGUUGCAGACCUAGGCGAUGUGAAUGUCAAUCUUUACAACCUUCAGGACAGCUGCCGCCUAAUUCGAGAGGCCUAUCAGAAAAUUGUAGCAGCUGGCUGUAUUCCUCUGACCUUGGAUGUUUUCUUUUUUUGUCUCCUUGAAGGUGGAGAUCACACAAUCACCUAUCCUAUAUUGCAAGCGAUGGCAGAAAAGCAUGGGCCUAUGGGGCUGGUGCACGUGGAUGCACACAUGGACGUGGCGGACAAGGCCCUGGGUGAGAAGCUCUAUCACGGGACGCCCUUCCGCCGUUGCGUGGACGAGGGACUCCUGGACUGUAAGCGCGUGGUACAGAUCGGCAUCCGGGGCUCUUCCAUGACCUUGGAUACCUACAGAUACAGCCGGAGCCAGGGCUUCCGGGUGGUCCUGGCUGAAGACUGCUGGAUGAAGUCGCUGGUUCCUCUGAUGGGAAAAGUGAGGCAGCAGAUGGGAGUCAGACCCAUUUAUAUCAGCUUUGAUAUCGACGGCUUGGACCCUGCCUAUGCCCCAGGGACAGGGACACCCGAAAUUGCUGGUCUCACCCCUAGUCAGGCUCUGGAGAUCAUCCGGGGUUGUCAAGGCCUGAACGUGGUGGGUUGUGAUCUUGUGGAGGUUUCACCGCCGUACGAUCCUUCUGGAAACACAGCCCUCGUGGCGGCUAACUUGCUCUUUGAGAUGCUGUGUGUUCUCCCCAAAGUGACAGUCGCCUGAAUGUUGUGCUACGAUGUUCAAGAUAAAACAAGAGCUUGCCCGGAUGACAAAUUCUCCAGAAGAACUUAUGUGCAAGCAAUCUGAGUACUAAAGAGUUUAUGCCAAUAAAACGUUCUGCUAAAAGUGUCA